AGAAGAAGAAGAAAGAGGAAGAGGAAGAAGAAGAAAAGAACAGAACGUAUGCGAGAAACGAAUUCAGUAGAAAGGUUGCUGUUCAGAUGAGGAGGGCUGGCCCGGUCAAACCUUCUUGUCGCCCCCCGUUGCCAUGGCAACGCCCUAUUUUCCCACAUUCCUGCUCCUCCUUUUUCUGUCUUCCUUCACCCUAUUGCUUCUGACCCUCCUGCCCUCUGUGGCCCCAUCAAUUCCCUUUUCUUCCUCCUCUCCUCCUUCACCACGGCGGUCACACUCCUGCGGCCUGGGUCAGUCCUGGGCUGUCCGGCUCCACGCUGGCCCACGUCAUGAGAAAGAAGAUGCUGAACAAAGCUCUAUGCACAUGGAUGUGAUAGCUGACAGGGUAGCAGAACAGGCUGGGCUGCAGAACCAAGGCCAGAUUGGACAGCUGGAAGGCCACUACUUGAUGUGUUCCAUCAAGCCUGAAACUGGAUCUGUGGCCGGUGUUUGGAGCAAGAGUGUCCAGCCUGGGGAUGUCCUGGCAGCCCACCCUCAUGUCCUGUGGCACUCACAGGAGAGAGUGCUUAGCCGCUCUAAGAGAUCAAUGGCGUUCAACGAUCCCCGCUACCCUAAACAGUGGCACCUGCACAAUGACCUCAUUAAGGGUAUGGACAUCAACGUAACAGGGGUGUGGGAGCGCAACAUCACUGGCCGAGGAGUCACGGUGGUGGUGGUAGAUGAUGGGGUGGAACACACCCACCAGGACAUCCACCUCAAUUAUAGUCCAGAGGGCAGUUACGACCUGAACUCCAAUGACCCAGACCCCAUGCCUCACCCAGACUUCCAGAGCGACAACCACCACGGGACACGAUGUGCCGGAGAGAUUGCAGCCGUUCCCAACAACAGCUUCUGUGCAGUAGGGGUGGCCUACGGCAGCAAGGUGGCAGGUAUCCGAGUCCUGGACGGUCCGCUGACAGACAGCCUGGAGGCCAUAGCCUUCAACAAGCACUACCAGGUCAACGACAUCUACAGCUGCAGUUGGGGUCCCGAUGAUGACGGGCACACUGUAGAUGGACCCCACCCCCUAGGCAAGGCAGCGCUGCAGCACGGGGUAAUUGCAGGCAGACAAGGUUUCGGCAGUAUCUUUGUGGUUGCGAGUGGCAAUGGAGGACUAUACAAUGACAACUGCAACUAUGACGGCUAUGCCAACUCCAUCUACACCAUCACAGUCGGAGCGGUUGAUGAGGAAGGCAAGAUGCCCUUCUACGCUGAAGAGUGUGCGUCCAUGCUGGCUGUCACUUUCAGCAGUGGGGGGAGCACGAUGAGGAGCAUUGUGACAUCAGACUGGUCCAUGCAGAAAGGUACCGGCUGCACGGAGGGCCACACCGGCACGUCUGCCGCGGCCCCGCUGGCGGCAGGAAUGGUGGCCCUCAUGCUGCAGGUCCGUCCCUGUCUCAGCUGGAGGGACGUCCAGCACAUCAUCGCCUUCACUGCCACCAAGUGUGACGACAGUGCAGACUGGAGGGUGAAUGGAGCCGGUUUCCAUCACAGUCACCAGCACGGCUUCGGUCUGCUCAACGCAUGGAGACUCGUCAAUGCUGCAAAGGUGUGGGAGUCUGUGCCGUUCCUCGUGUCCUAUCAGAGUUCAGUAAUAAAGGAGGAAGCAUCCAUCUUGAUCCAUCCCAGCGAGCUGAUCCGCACAUGGAACGUCUCGGCUGCAGACCUGAAACAGUCUGGAAUGAAGACUCUGGAGCAUGUGGCCAUUACCGUGACCAUAACCCAUCCUUACCGGGGCAAUGUGGAGAUUCUGUUGAUCUGCCCCAGCGGUAUGAUAUCAGUCAUUGGGGCACGCCGUCCCGUCGACAGUGACCCUGCAGGGUACAAGGACUGGACUUUCUCCACUGUGCGCUGCUGGGGCGAGAAAGCUGAAGGCCAGUACACCCUCAAGAUAUCUGACCACGAGCCCUCGUCUGCCGCGGUGGGAGUGUUGAAGCAGUGGGCGUUGACCCUGUAUGGUUCCUCUAUGACACAGAGCGAGGUCAGGAACAGACAGAGGCUGGUGGAGGAGGCUAUGAGUGGUAAUUAUCUGGACAGCAACUUCUCUCUGCCCUGCCCUCCAGGCCUGGAUAUCCCUCCAGAGAUCGUCAACCCUUUCACCUCCAACAGCCUAAAGUUUCUGCUGUUGCUGGGCUGCUUUGCUCUUUUCUGGUCUCUCUACUACACACUGGAGGUCAUAUUUGCCCACCUGGACAUCAGAUGGGGAGGUCACCGGUCCAGGAGAGGGCACCGAGGGAGAGGAUUGGUAGUGGUAGAGAACGGGGAGGAUGAGGACUGGGACUCAGGGGUGGAGUUGCAUGCGGUACUGGACUCUGAGGUCAAAGCAUUGAUUUUAAAUGGAGAGCGACUGACAACAAAGCACUGAGCCAGAUGAUCCAGGUCUAAAACAUCUCACUGUCUGUGCUCAUGGGACGUCUCAGGCUUUUACCCUAUCUGCAGCGGUGGAGGGGGGAUCCUUGUCUGCAUUCCCCAAACACGUGGCCUUGUAUGAAAAUUUGUGUUUGUGUUGGGACAGCACAUGCAGGAUUGUGUAUGUGUGUUCUUGUACACUUGUCCCUUUAACAAAUGUCCUCAUAAGGAAAGAGGAAAAAUUAUCCUAAUCCUCCAAUGUGAGGAUAUUGGAUCAGUCCUGGGGUUACAUUUCCACAUCGAGGUUAUGUUUGUGUCAGAGCAUGUACAACAAGCAACUCCAUGUUUGCAUAUAUGAAAGAGUGUAUACAGGCUCAUCUGUUUGUAAAUGUGUGCUCAGAGUAAUCGAGUUUACUGAUUGGUGGGAUACACUUGUGGGGUCAUUAAACCAAGAGAAAUACGUGAAGAAAAAAAUGUGAUUUGCACUAUGGGAAGGUAUGAAUCUGCUGUGGUUAGGUGUGUGUGUGUGUGCUUAUAUGUAAAAGGUCUUCCUUGAAAAAGUGUCCUCCUUUGUGAGGUUCCUAGAGCAUAUUGCUGAUUUUUAAAAAGAUUUAUUUUCUGAGGUGUUAUUUAAUGCAUUUGAUUAAGCCUGGGGUUAUUAUCUGUGGGUUAUCAACCAACUACUGAUGAAAACUUGAAGUGGGAUUUUCAAGUGUGGCAUUUAUAUAUGUAUUUUUUUAUGAAGUGUAAUAUAUACACAAUGUGUGCCUGCGGUACAGAUACAUACCAACUGUUUAAUGAUUUAUACAAAGUGUUUGAGAAUGUAUUAAAGUGUUCUACUUUUGUAAUGGAAAGGUGUUUGGAGUGAAGAUGGAAACUGUUUUGCUAAACAAGUCACAGGUGAUGUGAAUGAUAAUAAAAGACUGUUGGCAUAA